UGGCUUCUGAUGUCGAUCUUGUCCCUCUGCCUCUCUACUCCAGACAGGUUUCUAUGGUAAGGAACGAAGGAGGCACAAAAAAGAAGCAGGGAAGAUAGCGGUUCACCUUUUCUUUUUCUUCAUCAAUCACCCAACCAGGGCUGGCCCUUCCGAUUCACCCAUCAUCCAUCCGCGAUCAAAAAUUCUGACCGUCCAUCUAUGCCUCCUCCACAAACCCGGCGAAAGGACCCAGCCUUUUUCCCUUCCACUUUAAACGCUUUUGGUUUCAAUCAACACUCCCGAUUCCAGAAAUCUACAAUUUUUUCGCUUCUUUCCUAAUUUUCUUUUCUUUCGUCUGCCAAACCGACAAAUCCGCAAAAUUUUCCUGUUCCUGCCCUGUUCGGCGUGUUCCCCAUAAUAAUAAUAAUUAUUAUUAUUUUUCUCUUCUGGUUUCCAGGGCGCGCAUCCAUCCCUAGGUUGGGACUUGGGACUUGGGCGAGGUUUUGUUCCUUCGACAACCACCCAUUACCACAUCACAACCCUCGUCCUGUAACCCUCGUCCUCAACCACACACCCUUCCUGCUUCACACCAUCACAACCACCUCGACCACCACACGUCCCUUCCCUCUCCUUCCCUUCGUCCUGCUCUGCUCCCCUUCCCUUCUCCCGCCCGCAACAACCAUAACAUACCUUCAUUUUUAAUUUCCCUCCCUCCUCCCUCUCUGAUAAUCACAACAACUACUACCCCACAAAUUUGCUCAUAACCAAUUAACUCCCUCAUCUACGCGUCUAACCAAAUUCUUAAUACCCUGAUUCAGCAUGGCCAACGGCACGCCAUCACUCUCUCCCAAGGAGAAUACUGUCGGCGCUACCGAAGAGAAAAGUGUUACCUCUCCUGCUACGGGGAAAGACGCGCAAGUCGAUAAGCCCAAAAAUACUGAUCAAGCUAAUACCGAGUCUGGACAAGACGGUGGAGAUAAGAUGGAUGUUGAUGAAGGCUCUGCGACCAAGCUUGAGCCCAAGACUGCAGUCGAUGACAACACUACGGACGCGCCCAAGGGCGACCGAAGCAAAGCUGAUAAACAGGCAGCCAAAGGGGGAGAGAAUAUCGCCACUGGUUCUGGGGAUGAGGGAGAAAAGGUCGAAGGGGCGGAAAAUGAUUCCGCUGACCCUUCCAGAAAGUCUGCUAGACAACGCAAAGGAGGAGCAACCACUACUCCCAAGCCAACCAAGAAGAAGUCCUCCGGCAAUCUGAAAGGGAAGACGCCUAGAUCUACCAAGAAAGCUGCUGCCGAUGUGGAUUACCAACCCGGGAUGAACGUUCUUGCCAAAAUGAGAACUUUCCCUCCUUGGCCCGCCAUCAUCUUGAGCGACGAUCUGCUGCCGGAGGCAUUAUUGAGGACAAAACCGAGUGGAAAAUCCGGAAAGAAAGGCGAGGCCUCGGCUUCGGUCGCCCCUUCCGCUCCGACAAGCUGGCCUGUUAUGUUUAUGGGUACAAACGAGUAGUAAGUUUACUAUUUCCUUUUGAAGUUAAUUGCUUUUUUUCAUUUUCAUUCUCGGCAAUCGCAUCUUCUCUCGGAACACUGGUUUGUCGCUCAAUUGUGUUUGCUAAAUAUUUUCACUCGUUUCAUUGUCUUUGUUAUUACCGUUUGCCGUUUGAUACCUGGCGCACCUUUUUUGGUGAUUACGGGCUAACGUAUGUAAAUCUCCUUCUACGCAGUUCCUGGAUGAGUAUCAGCAACUUGGAGCCACUCGAUGAUGAAAAGCUGGCCAAUGCACCAAAGAGUUCAAAGAACAAGCCUCUCCAGGAGGCCUGGUCUGUUGCUCAGAAUGGCUUGAAUCUAGACGAUGUCAAAUCGUAUCAAGAUUCUAUAGAGAUGGAGGUUGAUGAUUUUAGCGUCGAAGAGGGGGCUGUCGGGCUGGAAGAAGGUGUAGGGGCGGAAGGAUCUCCCGAGGUCGAUGAUGAUCUUGAGGUAGAAGAGGGCGAUGAUGAGUCGGAGGAGGAGGAGGAGGAGGAGGAGUCACCUAAGCAGAAGAAAUCGGCCAAGAAGGCUCCGAAUAAGAAGCGCAAGAAGUCGGAUUCUGUUUCUGAUGAUGAGGAUGAGACCCUUCCUGACAAGCCGGCAAAGACUCCCAAGAAGACUCCCUCUGCGAAGACCCCUAAAAAAUCACAGGCCAAGACUCCUCAGACUGCCAAAGGGGCCAAGACUCCGUCAAACGGAACUGCGAAAUCCAAGACUAGUGGUAAGAGCGCGAAGAAGAGCCAAGCGAAGGAUGAUAGGAAAUCACCAGCUCCACGCAAGAAGGCUACAAAGAGCACAGAUCGUGUAGUUGACUCCGACUCCGAUUCCGCUCCCAAGGCGAGUGGGAAGAAGGGCGGCAAUGGUGAAAAGAGGACCAAAGAGAUACUAUAUCUCAGGCACAGAAUGCAACGUGGUUUCCUUAGUAAAGGCAAGAUGCCCAUUGCCGAUGUAAGUCAUUUUCCCGGUUCAUGUUCACGUCUUCCAGCAAGCAACAUCUAAUUAUAUGUUAUGUACAGGACAUGCCAGCCAUGGAUAAAUACUUUGGCGUUCUCGAAGGGCAUACCGAUAUUGAUGGUGAUUCCAUUCGUGUUAGUCUACCUAGAGCGCGGUAGAAGAAGAAAAAUAUUAAUUAUACUGACAUGGUGACGGUGCUCUAGACGACCAAAAUUAAUAAGGUCCUCAAAGCUAUCGUGAAGCUCGAUUUCAUCCCUAAAGACAACGAGUAUAGAUUCCGUAAGCGCGCCCUGACACUAUUGGAAAAAUGGGAUAGGAUUCUUGCAGACAAGGUCCCUGAUACCUCUUCUCCGGCCGUUGAAAGGGAGAAUGGUGUCAAGGGUGACGACGAUGUUGAAAUGAAAGAUGACAAGGAAUCCGGGGGCGAGUCCAAAGCCAGUGAGAAGAAGAAAAUUGUCGAUGUCAGUGUCCAAUUGACCCCAACCAAGGAUGCAGACUCCGCCGAUGCCACUACUAAAGCCGGUGACGAGGUUCCCGCGGCGAAGGCUGAAACUGCAACUGCUUAAAGCACAUUAUCUAUCUCAUCGCUUAGAUCAUGUGUUUUUUUGUUUUGAAAAAUUCUUUCGGGGUAAGGGAAGGGUGGGAAAUAAAAUUGCUCUUUUUUUCCUUUUUUCCUUUUUUUUCCCCCUUUCCUUUUUGUUAUGGAACGGAGGGCAUCUCAUUUUAGCUCAUUUAAGCUUUUUUUUUUUUUUUUGUCCACAUUCAAUUUACCGGGCCGGCUGUUGGAUGACAGGCGAAACGGGUACUCUUUGAGCGGGACAAAAAAACAAAAAAAACAAUUAUAACUACUAUCGCCCUGGAACAACGACAACCACUACUACUGAGCAACAGGGAACGAGAGAGAGACCAAAAUACCGGGAAAAAAGGGGGGGGAAGGGUUGAUAUAACGGUAUGGCAUUAAACAGAAGCACAGAUGGGAAAAACAAAGGUGAACAGCAGACAACGAUAUAUCUCUGGAGGAGAGGGGCAGAAAGGAAAAACAAAAACAAAAAAUGUGUAGUUUUUUUUUUUACCUCUCUCAAACGCAGUGAGGCAGGCUAUUCGAUUGAUUGACUGAUUAAAAAACUGUACCGGAGGGGGGGAACAAUGUCUUUCCUCUAAUAGUGCCGGUAUAUGUUCGUGUUGUGGGUCAUUAUUUUUCUUUCACUUUUUUCCACUUGUCUGGGGAGUUCUUCUAUCAUACUUUAUUCUUUUUUUAUUUUUAUAGUUCAACUCUUGUAGUGGAAAGCAUUUUUUUUCGCUCUGUGUCUGCUUUCUUCUCUGUUCGAUUGUCUGAACUGGUAGUGGUAGUGUAUGUGAUAUGUGAAGUUCUUUUUUUACUCUUGCUCUGCUGCUCCGAUCUGCUGUGCUGUACUCGUACCGUGAUGGGUGGCGAGAUGGGAUGGAUGGAUUGGGUAUUUCUGGUUAUCAUCGCAGUUGACCUUUGUUCCAUCUGUUUGUCCAUCACAACGAUAAUAUUCCAGUCUAUUGUAGUUUGGACAUGGAAGUUUUCUUACUCUCUCCUCUUCCUUUAAACCUCAUAUAGCACUGCCCGUUUAUCUGUCAAUUUUCCCCGGGAGUCUAUUUCUAAUACCGUUUCUCCCAUUCCAUUGCAUUCCUAACCAUCUUGCGUCCUUAUUCUGCCCUUCCUUCCUUCCUCUAGUUCACAAACCCCCCAUACUUUGCGACACCAGUUAUGUAGUAAUGAUUUGAAUUCAAAAUAGCUCUUAAAAUUAACUUAUCUAUUGGCGGGGCACGGGCAUGGGCGCUCACUCGCGUGUUGUGGCAUGAUUCGCCCUGUAACGGGGAGGGGGGAGAGGCGCAUGGCAUGGUAUUGUAGAUGUGUGUGUGGUAAGUGCCAUGCUGUAUCAUAAAUGUGAUUUUUUUUACUGCGGACAGGCCCGGGGUGUUUGGGGGUAUGAAAGUGGGUGUGAAAGUGCGGUUUCUGGCACAAUAUAGACACGAUACUUUUACCGGUAUUCAAACUUUGUGAUUCCUUUUGGGUUAACUUAAGUUUCGAGAAUAUGCUAUUUCUUCUUCCCCAUUGCGCUAUUGUUGAGCUUUUCUUUUCUUUUCUUUCUACGACCGACUGCGUCAACUGGUAUCAUACUGUACUGUACGGCUGAUUUAGAUUUUUCUUGAAUGCUUUGGUGCUCGUGGAUGCUAUACGGUAUGAUGGAGCAAAAGCUGCCGGCCUGUGGAUUUCUGGUGCUGUGAACUGCCGGUGUAUAUAUAUAUAGCUUGUGCCUGCCAAGACUUGAGUGCUGUAGCUUAAGCUGUAGAGUUACUUGCGACUCCUGAAAAGAUGUUCUCUCUUCCUUCCUCCCCUCUCUCCCUCCCCAGCUCAACUUUCGAGUCUCACUCAAAUCCGGGAUUGAAUAUACAUUAUAUCAUCACUUCUACACAAACCUCCAAGAAUUGAAUAAAGAAAGAAAGAAAAACAAAAACGCCGAAGGAAUGUAUCAACCCACCACCACUACCGGUACCGAAUCCCAGCCCCACCUAACACCAACACCAACACCAACUCCACCCCCCCGGCCCUCCUCCCACCAAUCCGGCCCCAUAACCCACCACUGGAACGACCUCCCGGCCUCCCUCCUGCCAAAACCCUACUCCGC